AUGUCGAAGAAAAGUGCGCUAGAAGUCGAAGCCGCCGGGCAGAAUCCGACUGAAACCACCCCGCUAGUCUCUAGAACGGGUGCAGACACGAGCGAUGGGGCGGGCGGUCCGAGCAAGGCGGGCGAGUCGAGCGGCCCAGGGCUCUCCGUGCGACAGACGGCCAUCCUGGUGGCAGGCGAGAUGGCAGGCAGCGGAGUCUUAGCGCUUCCACGGGCCCUCGUUAAGACAGGAUGGGUGGGUGUACCGUUGAUAAUCGCGAUGGCGUUGGCAGCCGCUUUUAGUGGGAAGCGGCUUGGCGACUGCUGGACCAUGUUGGAGAACCGCCAUCCAGAACUCAGAACCCGAAACCGACACCCGUAUGCCAUCAUCGCCAACGAGGCUUUGGGGCCCAUCUGGAGUGUGGUGGUAUUCGUAUGCCUUAUGGUCACCCAAUUCGGCAUGUCUGUGGUAUACCUUCUGCUGGCGGCUCAGCUUAUCGAGCAGAUCUUCUUGUCGCUGAUGCCCAACGUCACCAUUUGCAUCUGGUACCUGGUGGUCGGCUGUGGUGUGACGCCUUUCCUGCUUUUCGGAACUCCGAAAGAUUUCUCCAAAUUGGGUCUGGUGGCGUUUGUGACGACAGUCUUAGCGUGUCUGUUCUACUUCAUCCAAAUGAUGAACGACGUGAAGCCGUUCGUAUUCCGAUGGGGUAUUCAUGGCUUCACGGACUUCUUCCUCGCCUUUGGAACUAUCAUGUUUGCUUUUGGUGGUGCUUCCACCUUCCCCACCAUUCAGAACGACAUGAACGAUCGCUCCAAGUUUAACACUAGUCUCAAGUAUAGCUUCUCAGCCAUACUGGUGCUGUACCUGGUGAUAGCCAUAUCGGGGUACGCGGUGUACGGUGAGGCCGUGGCGCCCAAUAUAGCAGCGUCGCUCUCUGCCACUGCACUGACGUUGGUGGGCAACGUGCUGAUGACUCUGCACCUGCUAGCUGCUUUCGUCAUCCUCAUCAACCCUGUUUGCCAACAUGUGGAGGAGGUCGUUUACCGUGUGCCAACAGAGUCUGUGGGGUACCGCACUCUGGUGCGUCUCUCAGUGAUGGCCGGCAUCCUGUUCCUGGGUGAGAGUAUUCCUCGUUUCUAUACGAUCCUUGCGCUACUCGGUGGUACUACGCUAGCACUCAUCACCUUCGUAGUGCCCUCCUACUGCUACCUCAAUUUGCUCGCUAAGGAACCGGCCGGAACCCCUGCAGCUGUGGCUUCAUCGAACUGGACCAAACUGUUCUGCUGGCAAGUAAUAGUCGUUGGAGCUGUUGGGGGCGCCUUUGCAGCGUACAGUGCCUUAAGCGCGAUCUUUAGCACCGCACAGGCCGUCCCCUGCUACUUGCGGUAG